AUGUUGUGGAUCACUCGGUUGUUGGUGCUGCUACUGUGGCUGGUGCUGACCUUUGGUCAGCUUGGUGUCCCUGCACAGCCCCAAUCGCAAGCACAGGCCCGGUACGACCACACGCGCAUCUAUCAAGUAGAGCUGGCGAGUGCCGAUCACGUGCAACUGUUCCAGGCGUUGGAGCUGGCAAGCGAUUCGUGCUCGUUCAUGGGCCAUGCCCGAGUGCCGGGACAAAAACUGACGAUCAUGGUGACCUCGCACAAGGUGGCCGACUUCGAUGACCUGUUACAGAGCUACAACGUGAGCCACCGCAUCCUGAACCACAAUUUCCAGGCUCUGAUCGAUGCCAACUACCGCGAGGUGGCACCCGAGGGCACUCCGCCAGAUCAGUUCGACUGGAAACGCUACUUCCAACUGGACAGCAUCUACGCCUGGCUCGAGUUUCUGGCCCAACAGCGGCCAGAGGUGGUCACCCUGGUGGAUCUGGGGGCUAGCACCCAGGGACUCCCCAUCAGAGGUGUGAGGAUUGCCUUUGGAGGGGAGAAUCUUACCAGCGUCUUUGUGGAGAGCGGGAUCCAUGCGCGUGAAUGGAUCGCCCCGGCCACGGCCACGUAUUUCAUCGAACAGCUUCUGAACUCCAAGGAUGCAGCUGUGCAGACGCUGGCCCGCUCCCAGAACUGGGUGAUCUUUCCCACAGUGAAUCCAGAUGGCUAUCGCUACACUUUUAAGGGCGAUCGCAUGUGGCGCAAGAAUCGCUCUCUGUUCGGCAUAUGCCGGGGUGUGGAUCUGAACAGAAACUUUCCGUUUCACUGGAACGCGACGGGGGCCAGUGGCGAUCCCUGUCGCUACGACUACUCCGGACCGUCGGCGGGCAGCGAGGUGGAGACGCAGCGCAUCGUUCAGUUCCUAGAGAAUCGCAUCCAGUCGGAGCGGAUAAGGACCUUCAUUUCCCUGCACAGCUAUUCCCAGCUGAUCAUGUUCCCCUAUGGCCACACGCCAGAGCGAGUGGAGAACUAUCAAGAUCUGAAGGAGAUCGGACAACUGGCAGCCCAACAGAUCAAGAAGCAGAGUGGACGAAUCUACAGGAGUGGCAGCAUCUACGAGACCAUCUAUCCCUCUAGCGGCGGAUCCAAGGACUGGGUUCAUGGUCAUCUAAAGGUGCCCAUUACCUUCACGUACGAGCUGCGCGGACCACCGGACAGCGAGGAUCUGUUCAUUUUGUCCGCUGGUGAGAUUGAGUCCACGGCCAGCGAAGCCUUUGCCGCACUGCAAACGAUCGUGGAGGAGGCUGGCAAACGUGGCUAUUACCAGUGAGAGCCACUACAGAUCCCACUCCAAGCGUCAGCAGCAGGCAGGCAGCAGCAGCAUCGCAUCUGAUGAUGAUGAUAAAUGUCGUCUGGCCUGGCAGUUCACAUGAAAAACACAUUACGCGCCAGCCAGCGUUUCUUAAUGCUAAAUAAUGAUGGCAAAAUCAUGACACAAAACCUCAUAAUAAUGUUGGUAAAUCAAAGCAAAUAUAGCCAGAGACUCGAACGAGCAGAGCAAAGCCGUAUGCCUUAUGCCUUAUGCCUUAUAGAAAUACAAAAUACUCGUAGUUGCAACUUGCAACUAUUACAGUUA